GCUGCCGGGAGAAGGGCGAUUCCACAGCCUGGGUUUUUGCAUGAUCACAAAUUGGUUUUGUUGUAGAAGCAGCAGUGAUCUGUAUGCUGUGUAUAACUGUGCUAUGUAUAACCUGUAUAUUCAAAAGGUCUGUUAUACUUCCCCCCUCCUCCCGCUCUUGUCUCCUCUCCCUCUCUGAAUGCCUGUGAAGUGGCUUUCCCACUCCCCCUCUCCCUCCCCCUCCCUCCUGGGAUGCUUGUGGGGUGAAUGGGCUGGUUGAACAGCUGCAAGAUCAGAAGAGCUCCAGAUAGACAAGAUGUCUGGGACUCUAAUUAGGCAGCGAUCACACACCCAAUGCAUGGACACUGCAUGGACACUGCCCGAGGUGGAGUGUGACCAACCAGACGCAGCCAAGUCAUCUCUAGUCGCAGGCCAUGAGGAGCAGGUCCUUAGAAGGAGAAGGGGCCAUGUCCUCAGCAGUGCACUCACAAGCUUGUACCUCCCAAGAAGGCCCUUUGCCUGGACCGCCUGGCCAGUGGUUCGCUGCGUUGCAUUCCAUCAUGCCUCGGGAAGACUUACCUUCAUCACACCAUCCAUCGCUGCGCUGUGGGACACUUACCUUCAAGGAUCCUAACAUCUCCAGUGCCGUGCCUGUCCUGGGAGCGUGAGUAUGCGAGUCCCCCAGACACUGCCGUGGGGGGUGUCAUCCUGCAGUACCGCAUCCAGGACCAGACCUACAAGGAGACCCUGCAGUUCCCCCUGCAGCCACAGGAUGGAGACAGGCUUCGGAGCCGCACAGCGCAUGGCCAUGUGCUAUUCCGCCUCUGUGCCCAUGGACAAUUUUGUAAAGCCCUCCUGUUGCUUCACCAUGGACUGCGACUCUGACGACAGCUCGGAUGUGCCAGAGCGGGCACCGGAGGAGUCUCCCCUGCUGAGGCUUGUGUCUCUGCAGAAUGCUGACGGCUCGUGGGACCUGGACCCCUGGCUGACCGCUGCAUUGGGGGUGAGUGAGACCGACGCCAGGGAGAGGAUGCCCAGUAAGGACGUGGCCCCGGCGUCUGGGCCAUGGUGCUGGCCUUGGUCUGGCUGCACUGCCGGGCAGCGUGACGAGUGGGAGCUGCUGGAGGCCAAGGCUGUGGGCUGGGUACGGGGCCAAGCAGGGCCCCGGCUGAGCGAAUGCCUGGAAGCCGCCAACACCCUGCUGGGCUGCAGCGUUGGCCCUGCUGUCUUUGGGCUCUGA